UGAAUAGUCGUAAAAGAUACACCCCUAUACAGCAUGCGCAGUCACCACGUACAAAGUUACCGCGUAAUUUAAAAUCUGGCAAUGAGGAAAAAUAUAACAUGACAGAUGACGUAGGUGCGCGAUUAGUUGCACGCGCAUGCGUUGCACGAUAGUUGUUCGUUUACUUGUUUACGUUCAUAGUUUCAAAAAGUACAAGUUUUCUUUUGUUGUUUGUGUGUUAAGGUUUUCGUCAAAAUAUAAUUUUCAACUAUGAGUUGCUGUGUUCCUGGGUGUCCUACCAAAAAAAGGGCAAAUAAACCCCAAUAUAAAAACCAUUCACUUCAUUCGUUUCCCAGAAAAGAGGAGAUCAAAAGGGAGUGGUUGGAACUUGUUCGAUUACCACUGAUAACAAAUACAACAUAUUUACGAGUAUGUUCAGAACAUUUUUUAGAACAGGAUUUCUUCAUGGCUGGCAGCCGAAGAGAUUUGCGUAAAGGGGUUCUUCCAUCAGUUUUUGAAUGGAACGAAAGUAAGAAAGGCGCAAUAAGUAAUACUCAGGCAUUUGAUACCGUGUUAAUACCUGAAAUUGAAGACGCUAGUAGUAGCAGGUUAAUUAAAGAAAAGUGUAACUGUGUUCUACUCCAAAAAGAGAAUGAGAGACUUAAAUUGGAGAUUUUAAACUUAAGAGAAGAAAUUGAUUCACUUAAAAAUGUGAAAGAAGAAAAUCUGCAACUUUCAAGUAAGUAUUGUGUUGCAAAUGAAAGAAAAACUUGUCACCUUAAACACAGAAGCAAAUGCACAUAGUGAAGUUCAGUUUUCUAUUGAAAGGUUUGAAAAUGUGCCUUCAAAACUUUUAUAUUAUACUGGUUUGCAGCAUUCGGAAAUAUUUAAUUACUUAUUUAAUUUCUUGUUGCCAUCAGGAAAAUUAAAUGAUUUAAAAAUAUUCACAUCAAACUUAACAUACAA